AUGACAGCCAGUGCCAGAGUAACCUCCGUCCCGGAAGUACACGCUUCAGCAAACGAUGGAAAGACGUUACAUUAUGCUCGCCGUGGCGAUGAUGCAGCAGGUAGCGAGUAUGAAGAGAGCGAGAUCCAAGGCUUCGAUGCAGAGCGUAUGAGAGCGAGAAUCCUGCUCAGUGUAGAAGAAGAGAAAAAGCUGCUUCGCAGAAUCGAUUGGCAUAUGAUGCCGCUGUGCUCGCUCAUGUUCCUCCUGAAAAAUCUCGACUCUGACAACAUUAGCAAUGCUCGAAUCAUGAACAAGGGUACUGAUCAGAACAUCAUGAAUCAGUUGGGUAUGUCCUCCGACGCGUACACGUUGUUGACAGUGCUUUACUACCGGAUGCGACCUUCGGUCUGGCAAAGCCGGAUCAUGCUGACAUGGGGUGUCGUGCUGUGUUGUCACGUUGCCUGUACUAACAAGUCCGGCAUCUAUGCUGCUCGAUUUAUGCUUGGUCUCGCCGAGGCAGGGAUGUUUCCAGGAGUCAUUUUGCAGAUGACCUACUGGUACCGACCGGAUGAGAUGAGCGUUCGACUGCUGUAUUUUUAUAUCCUAGGAAACUUGUCCGGUGUCUUUGGCGGAGUGUUUGCGUAUGCCUUUGACAUCGCUUCUGGUGGCGCCGGGCUCUCAGGGUGGCAGCUAUUGUUCUUGUUCGAAGGUCUCAUCACAAUCUUAAUCGCAUUCGCGAUCUGGUUCUAUCUACCUGACUUCCCGGACACUGCGAAAUGGCUGUCUGAUAAGGAAAAAGCGUUCGUAAAAGCAAGACUGCCCUCGAAUGCUCCAUUUGCGGACGAGCUAAAUUUUCGUUGGAGCGAGAUCAAGGCAUCGCUAAAGGAUAUCAGGCUCUGGAUGUUCACACUGAUCUGGGCCACGCAGACAGUGGGCACAAAUGGUACUCGAUUUUAUCAAAGCACAGUCAUAGCCGACCUGGGCUUCACCUCUAUCGCUCAGGCACAGCUUCUCAACUUGCCGAUCUCGAUCUUGACGAUUCUCUUGAUCGCGGUCUCAGGCUACCUUGCAGACUCUGCAAGGCUACCUCGACCACUCUAUCCCCUCACAUUUCUCAGUGUGAUACUUGCUUGCUACGGGGUUUUGUACCGUUACCCAAGCAAUGGCGCAGUAUAUGCAGCGACCAUGAUAGCGAACGCGUGCUCUGCAGCCUGGUUUCCGUUGAUGUGGCCAUGGCGAGUACAGACUACCGCACGAGCGACUGGAUCAGCAUUUUCCAUAGGGUUCGUCAACAGUUACGGCCAGAUUGGCGGUGCCAUCGGACCUCAGAUAUUCCGGGUGAAAUAUGCGCCGAAGUAUACAGUAGCAUUUGCAGCAGUGAUGGGUAUUGUGGGUGUCUGCAUUCUGACGACUUUGGCGACAUGGUGGGUGACUAGACGGACCGAGAAAGAAACUCGAAGGUUGAAGUUGGCACGGAUCAAAGCUCAGAAGGAUGGACUGACCAUUCUUGAGGAUGUCGUUGACACUGACCUCCAGAAACGGCAGAAGUCUGUCCGUGCGGGUGCCGUGUGA